AUGCCAGAAGAAUCAAGACAGCCCGACUCGCUCUCUGACUCCAUGCGGGAGAUUAAAGGGUCAAGCAUCGAGUUCAAGGGGACUCUCAGCGGACCUCUGAAACCAUGGACGGAAGUGGAGUUCCAAAGACAGAAUCUUAGACGACAUAUCGUUCAGGCUUUGUUUAAAUACCCUUCUGCGCCGCAGGCAGACAGACUCGAGAAUAUGUUGUGGCUGGAGACGUCGCAUGCAGUCAUCGUACAGUAUCGCGCGUUGCUGAAAGCGAUGGACGACAAGCUGGCGGAGGUUCAUCAGUCUGACACUCCCCAACCAAAGAAGCGACAGUUCAAGCGUGGGGAAGAUGGGCCAGUCGCGCGCCGGAAACUCAUUACCCGGUUUCGAUCGUUUCUGUCUGAAGAAGAAGUGUUCUGGGGUGAACUUGUGAUUCGCGCAGCUACAACGUUCGAUCUGACCCAAGCCUCGGGUCCCAUUGCGGCGCUGUCACUGUCUCAUUUGGAACCGGCUGAACUUGCGUCGAGGAAGGAGGACGUGGUGCGAGGGUCCAUUUCUCGCGUCGACUCCCCCGUCUCGGAACCUAUCACUACCAUCACAAAGCACAAAAAAUUAUUAUUUAUUCAAAAAUGUCUCAUCUCCCUCGGCGACCUCUCCAGAUACAGGGAACAAUCCAGCGAGAGACCCAGGGCUGGAAUGGAGGGGGGAGGCCCAGCACGAUCGGGCGGCCGACGACGUGCAAACAUUGUUUCCUUUCGAUUGAGGGAUUAUUCACGGGCGUUUGAGUGCUAUAAGCAGGCCAAACUUCUUGCUCCGAGCGAAGGCAAUCCCUCAAAUCAGCUCGCGAUUCUCGCCCUCUAUGGUGGUGAUACUUUCAGUGCCUUAAUGCACUACUACCAUGCUUUGUGUGCUCGGAAUCCUUUCGUUACAUCGCGGGAGAACUUGAAGCAAUGUCUAGAAAAGGCUUUGCAGGCUUAUCGAAAGGAUAGGGAUGAUGCGGACAAGCAAAAUGAUUAUGUGUUAGCCUUUCAGCGUGAUGUGGUUGCGCUGCACGGGCUUUGGCACUUAAAACCGUUUAAUCCAAAGGUCAUCGAGCAAGGCAAAUUAGUUGUGACGUCAUUCUCUAAACUCCUUGAAUCCCGCAGUUUGGCUCCAGAUGUCGUGAUACGAGUCGUGACGCUUGCCUUGGGUGCUUUGUGGAUUUUUCAAGUUUUCAAACCCAGUUCUCAGGAACCUCAAGCCAUUUCAACUGAACAUCAGAUCACCGCUCACAUCUCAUCUCUCUUCAAAACUGUUUUCAAAAUCGCAUAUAGGGAGUUGAAGGAGGCUUCUUCCGCGAUUCUCAACACCCAAUUAGCGCAGUCUAUUUCUGCUACUUUACGGCGUACUCUUCCGUGUCUCCAUGUUAUAUCUCGCUGGAUAAAAAUCAAUACGGACGUCAUCCAUCCAUGUGGUACGAAGAACCCCCAGAUGGUCUCUUCCAGCCACUGCUACUAUCAGUUUCCCAUUCCCUUCUGGUCGAGCUAUGCCACAUUUCUCAACCGCUUGCUUGGUGUAUUUCCUCUCAAGUCCCUUCCCGUCGCUACUGUGCGAUUUGAGGAGGAUGAAGACCUUAGAGGGUUCCGCCCUUUGGAGGGGACGUCAGUGAAUGAUCCUGCUCCAUCAUCACCUUAUGCUAGCCCGUCCACGGUUCAUCCCAACGAUGAACACCUGAUGAGGAUUCGAGAUGUCAUUUCCAGCGGCCUUGAAAUUGCAAACCAAGAGGUUAGCGUUCUUAACUUCGUCGGCGGGAAAUUUGUGGCACAAGAAGUGUCAGGUUCUCCAGACUCUACGGAAAACAUUCCACUUCCUUCGGCUCUCGGAGAGGGACGAGAUUUCCCUGCGUUAUAUGAGGGAGACUCGGAGGACGAAAUUGGAACGGUUAGCACAGAGGAUCCUGUGGGAUUGGCAAUGAAGGCUACCUUGAUGGAGGAUGAGAGUGAUGAUGAACAAGUCCUAUAUCCUCGGCUCAACAGCGGAGUCCCUCCUUCGGGCGGAACGGCUAUGUGGACAGUCUCAGCUUUCCCACCCCCACUGUCCACUGCACCUAGAAGCCCGAAAGCCGCGUCAACCACGGCGGAAGAUUUGCUCAGCCGAGUCCUCAAUCAGAAUGUGGCACCAUCUCCACUACAGCGCGCCUCAGCCACACUCGAUAGUGGGAUGAACCUGGGUUCCUCUGGAUAUUCUGGCCUAGUCGCGUCAUCUCCGCACUCACCGUCCCAAGCACCCGCCUCUUCUAGAGCCCGUUAUAUCGGCGGAGCACCCAGCCCUAGUCUCAUUCACCGAGAUGUUUCACCCGUGUCCCGUAGUCUCCUACGCUACUCGGGGUCGUUCCGGCCCCCCGCCGACGAUUCCAGGCCGUUGGACCACUUUGACACACACACACGCAAGGAUAUAGGCGUACCUCUCUCGAGUUCCCAGUCGUUGUCUCCUGACAUCUUCCUUAGCCGUUAUUCUACUUCUACUAGAGAGAUGCAUGCAUUCGGCCCUAUUGGUAGUCCCCGCCUCAGGAGUAACGCCGGCCAAAGUUCACAUUCAUCUAGCCAAAUAAUGCCGAACAAUCCGGCAUUCGGGAUGUCGCAAUUCGUGAAUGGACAUCAGAUUCAUUCAAGUUUGAACUCAUCUCUCCCUGCUCCAGCACCUAUCUACCCGUGGACAUAA